AUGACUGAAGUAUGGAAAUCCCAGGCUAAGAAGUUCUGCUCAGUGUGCAAGUGUUGGUUUGCUGAUAAUCGAGCAUCGAUAGACUUCCAUGAGAAAGGAGAAAGACACAAAGCAGCAAUUGCAAGAUCUCUAAGAGAA